AUGCAGAGCGCGCAUGAGCUGGGCCGCGGGUCGGAGACGCCGACGGUGGGGCUGGUGGAGACGGCGGUGAGCGUGCGGGAAGUGUCGAAGCGGAUUGGCCGCACGGUGGUGCAGGUGGGGCGAGUGCGGCGGAUCAUGAUCGUGACCAAGCCCAACGACACGGGGCUGGUGAGCCUGACGCGCGACCUGGCGCUCUGGCUUCUGGAGCAGGGCCUGUCGGUGUUUGUCGAGGAGCGGCUGGCGCAGCAGCGGCGGUUCCAUCUGCAGCGCUUUGCGAGAUUCGCUGGCCUGCAGUACUGGACCAUGGAAUUGUGUGCCGAGCACCCGGAGAUGUUUGAUUUUGUGGUCACGCUGGGCGGCGACGGCACGGUCCUGUAUACGUCGUGGCUGUUCCAGAGGACGGUGCCGCCGAUCAUUCCCUUCCAUUUGGGCUCCUUGGGCUUCCUGACAGUGUUUGACCACCACCACGCGCGCCGCGUCCUGGCGUCGGCCAUCCACGCGGGCGUGCGCAUCAACCUGCGCAUGCGGUUCACCUGCACUGUCUACCGUCUGGCCGACGCCGCCGAUGCAGAAGCAGCCAAUGCGUACCAGGGCAAGGCGAAGCGGGCGUGGCGGCGCGGCGAGAGCUUCCAGGUGCUCAACGAGCUGGUGGUGGACCGCGGGCCGAGCCCGUAUCUGUCGCAGAUCGAGCUGUACGGCGACGGCAACCACCUGACCACGGUCGAGGCCGACGGCCUGUGCCUGGCGACGCCGACGGGCUCCACAGCGUACAGUCUGGCGGCCGGCGGCUCGCUGGUGCACCCGGAGAUCCCGGCCAUCAUGGUGACGCCAAUCUGCCCGCACACGCUAUCGUUCCGGCCGAUGCUGCUCCCGGACUCGAUGGUGGUCCGGGUGGUGUUGCCGCCCGACAGCAGAAACACCGCCUGGGCGUCGUUUGACGGCCGCCAUCGCAUUGAGCUGCGGCGCGGCGACCAUAUCCAGAUCACCGCGUCAAAGUACCCCCUGCCGACUACCCAGGACUGGAUGGCGAGUCUGAGCCGCUGCUUGAACUGGAACGAGCGGAAGCGCCAGAAGAAGUUUGCUGGUGAGAAGGAAGAGGAGGAGCCCGAUGGCGAUGAGGGAGAUAACGCGGGCGACGAAGAUGAGGGCGACAGCGACGGUCGCUCAGACGAGACCGAGUGA